GACGGGCGGAGCACAGGGGAUGCGGGGAUGCACUGCAGCGGAGCGGAUCUUCUGUGUGACCGGACUGUCAAAACUGAGCGUGUGGUCUAUUCUCUCAAUUACAAUCAUCUUCAAGGGUUUAUCUAUCUCUUCGUCAUUGUUUUCCAGUACUCGUCUGGUUGGUGGUCAAACAUUUUCAACAAUAUUUUCUCCUUGCAGGUUGAUUGCGCCACUAGCGUAUGGUUUCCUCCUCCUGCCUCCUCUCCUUUCCUUGGCGCUGAUUGACAUUCCUCCAGAUCAAAGAUCGCUUUAAUUUGCUGUUAUAGUAACUCGCAGCUGUGGCAGUUGAGUUGGCGUGCUGUGGGGAAGGAAGGAACCCGGCGUGAAAAGAUAAUGGCCACAGAGCAAUGGGAUCGGUAGUUUACAGCAGCCAUGGCCAGGUCAACAAACAGAAGCGGCAAGGAUGGCGAUUCAAGGGUGUCCGCUCCCACGGACAGGGCAGAGGCUCGGGACCUGAGCGACCCCAGGGAACUGUCUCUUGAAGAAGUGUUGAAAUCCUACGAGCAGCCCAUUAACGAGGAGCAGGCUUGGGCUGUGUGUUAUCAAUGCUGCAGCGGGCUGAGGGUGCCGCGCCCGGCCACUGUGACAGGUGGAGUUUCCCGUGUGAAGGACCCGUCCUCUAUACUCUUACUCAGAGAUGGGAUGGUUUCCCUACAACAACAGCCCUGCAACAACCAUGACACAGACGGACCUCCCCUCCCACCUAUCGCGGAGCGCCAGCUGGUCCAGUCUCUGGGCGUGGCAAUCUACCAGGCCCUGGACUGGGGUCUGGAUGACAGUGAGGAGCGGGAGUUGAGUCCUCAGCUGGAGCGGCUCAUUGAGCGCAUGGCAGGGGGAGAUCACAGCCUGGGGGCUGACUGUGGUGGUGGCAACGGAACUACAGAUGAGGGCUACAGUGGUCAGGAGGAGGAGGAAGAGGAAGGAGAAGAGGGGCCUAUGAGGCCAGUGCGUACAUUACGCCAGGUGAUGACACUUUGCGCUUCCAGACUGGCCAACCCUGCACUUGCCCCUGAGCACUACCAGGCCGUGUGCCGAGCCUUGUUUGUUGAGACUCUGGAGCUACAAACUUUCCUGACCAAAAUCCGAGAUACCAAGAAGAUGUUGAAGAAAAUCAAAACAGAGGAUCCUCAGGAAGAUAGAGCUGAGAUUGAUGCACUUAAACACACAGACUGGACUCGUCUCUGGGUCCAGUUGAUGAAGGAGCUGAGACAGGGGGUGAAGCUGAAGAAGGUGCAGGACCAGGAGUUUGACCCACUGCCCACUGAGUUCAGCCUCACACCCUUUGAGAUGCUCAUGCAGGACAUCCGCACCCGCAAGUUCCAGCUGCGGAAAGUCAUGGUGGAUGGUGACAUCCCUACACGGGUGAAGAGAAAUGCUCAUGAGCUUAUUUUGGACUUCAUCAGGUCUCGCCCUCCACUCAAACCAGCGUCAGAGCGAAACCUGCCCCCUCCUCCUCAGGAGAAGCAGUCCCUCCAUGAACGUGUCCUGGCUGAAAUCAAACAAGAGCGCAAACUGAAACCUGUGGACCCACCCAGCUCCAAAAGAUCGUUUGGCUCCCUGCCUUGUCUGGCACACACUUGCCCGUGUGAUUUCAAAUCUUCUUCCUGCAUUGACCUGUCAGGCUCAGAGCUAGGGUCCCGCCCCCCUUCUCGUCUUCGUGUUCUGCUCAAAGCCCCUACUCUUCAAGAGAUGGAGGAGAUGAACAUGUUGGAGGAUGAGGAGUCUCCAGACAGUGGGGAGCUCUGCCAUGCUGAGAGUUUUCCCACAUCUAUGAAACGGGACCGCUCCUUCUCAGAACACGACCUGGCUGAGCUCAGGGGGGAGACGCUCCCCUCACUGUCCGACUGCACCCAUCUGGAAGGGGCCGUGAUGCGGAGGGGUGAGAGACCAUGGUUACACGUGCUCUCAGGGGCUCGGCCACCUUCCACGCACAGAGCCUCUCUUCCUGUGCCAGGCUGGGUGCCACCCUCCCCUGCCCGUCUCUCUCUCAGCUCAGUGAAUGAGACCACAGAGGGAGCUGAGACCGGCUCCAGUUCUCGGAAUGGCAAUAAGCACCAGUGGAUGGAGGAAUUCAGUCACCCAGUGGAGAGUCUUGCCUUAACAGUGGAUGAGGUCAUCAAUGUGCGUCGUGUGCUGGUGAAAGCAGAGAUGGAGAAGUACUUGCAGAACAAGGAGCUGUAUUACAAUCUGAGGAGAGGCAAGGUGUGCUGUUGCUGCAGAAUUAAGUUCCCCCUCUUUUCCUGGCCAUCCACCUGCCUGCUCUGUAAAAGGUCUGUCUGUGGAUUCUGCAGUGCAAAGAUGAAGAUUCCUUCCAAGAAGAUGGCCCACAUCCCAGUCUACACUGUGGGCUUUCACAGCAGCCCAAAGAGCCAUGGUCGCAAGAGUGAGGUCUACAAAUCUCUGUGUACUCUCUCCCGCCGGUCUGUGGAGGAGGAGUUCCCCCACCUGUACACCAGUGGCUGCAGCCUGCGGGAUGUUUGUGCGGACUGCACCAAGUUUGUGGCUGAUGUCAUCUCGUCCAGCCGCCGGAGCCUGGACAUCCUCAACAACACUCCCAAGAGGGAGAGUGCUACACCCAAACCACAACCCCAGCCUCACGCAUCACCACAGCCACCCACCUUGAAGAGAAAAGACAAGUGAAUAGAUUGACUGUUGGUUUACCCCACUUCCUUAGCAGGGUUGCCCCUGUGCUGCACUACUAACCCACUCAAAACACCCCACCAUUCCCCCAGCCUGCAAGUACCCCCUCCCCCUGCUGAAGUGCUUGUUAAGGGUUGUUUCUCUGCCUCCUCUGUAGAGAGGUUCAUAAGACAUGGCCUAGGGACAACAUAUAAGUCUGCCUUAUCACACAUAUAUUGACUUCACUCCCUGGUCUAAUGCACAAGCAGAGAGGAAAGGCAAAAUACGAGGGAGGAGCAAAGAGGUGAGAGGGUAAUUGAUGAGGAUGAUCAGAAAGAGGAGAUCUAUUUACUGUAGGAGCCAAGAGUUUAAUGUAAAUAGGGGAAAUGUAGGGAAAAUAUUUAGCUCCCUAGUUGCCUUGUUUUAGUUAUGAAUGUAAUAUACUAUUUUAACACCAAAAUAAUACAUCUUACAUUGACACACCUUCUCAGAACACUGUAUUUUUUCUGGAAUGUUAAAAUGACACUAUGGCAGGCUGAAUAGAAGAUAUAUUUAUUUCACUAUAAGUCUUUUUUUAGUUUAGAAUGUGCUUGGAUUAUCUGUGGUCCAACUCGAUGAUGCAUGGUGGCACCGUCUGUCCGACUGUCUGAAUGUAAUCGGGUCCUAGAGGGGUGAAAAUGGUCCUGGAAGGGACCUGUCCCAUUGGUACCAAACUGGACUGGACUCCCAGCCUCCUAUCUCUGCUGCUUUAGAAUGACAUUAAGCCCCCUCUCUCACCCUCGAUGGUCCUGUGCGAUCUACUCAAAUUUUCGAAACACCCAGUAAACCUCAACUGCAAUAAAUCUCAUGUAAAAAGGAAGUCCUAUGUCUACAGUGUGGAUCUGUCCAUCUGCUCCCUUAGAAGGCUAGGGAAGCCUAAGACUGUAGGUAUAUUUCUAUAAAACUGUUGUAGUCUAGUCUGUUUGUUGACCUUGAGCUACAAUGAGAAGAUCUAAAGCUUUGUUAGAUAGUUGAAAAUGUCAAUGAAUUGUUCACUAAU